GCCGACCGUCGGUAUGAAAGGGAGUGAUGUACCUCUCCUGAAAUGAAUAGCUUAAUUUUUGCGAAAAAUAAAGGUGAAAUGGCGAAUGAAUGAAGAAAAACACUCCAGAAUUUCCUCCAUUCGUGACUUUUAAUGUUAUUGAAUGUUGAAAGUAAUCACAACGUUUCUGAUUCAAUUUUCAUUACCUCAUCUACUGCAGUUGGUUUUUAACGACAGGAUGAACUGACCAGUACUUCAAACAGUCUCAGAAAUCAAUUCAUUCGAUAUCCACUGGAGCUUUCAAUAAUAAUUGACACGCACAAACACAAAUAAUUGAAUAACGAAUAAUUAUUGACGACAGUAGUAGGCAGGCAGCUUUCAUUUUGAUAAUCUAGGGGGAAGAAUAAUUCCCCCUAAAGAGAAUUCUGAUAGAUAUUGCCAUUAACGACAAUAAACACUAACCCUCUCGACAAUAAUAAUUGCCACACCUAAUCGUAAGUAAUUAAAUUAUAAAUAACCAGUGAUAAAGUCCCUAGACAGACUUAACCUCCACUCAGAAAAUAUAGGAGAAGAACUUAUUGUUCCCUCGUUCCAUUGUUGUAGAAAUAUUCACAAAAAUUAUAAAAUUAUGACGACAUUUACGACAAUGACCAUUAACCCCUAUAAUAAUCGUUUCCCCUCCAGUGGAUAUAAAUAUUCGGAACCCCAUAGGGGAAUGAACCUCGCAAACUCGUGUGAAAAUAUGUAGUGCCUCUCAAGAUAAAACAAAGUGCAAGUUUGACCUUUUUCACCGAUUCCUCUAAACUCCAAUGGCAUUCUCUGAAUUCGGUUCCCCAUCACCCCAGGGGUGCGACCCUAAGGGUUCCCCUGGAGUCUGUUGGGGUCCUCCUGUGACAUUAUUACGGACGUCGUAGACCUCUCGGCUGUGCUCCAGGAGUCAUAAAAGUCUAGGUGGCGCCCUUGGCCAUGAAAAACACCUGAAGGGGAUCUGACUCGUCCCUUCGUGCCCCCUCCCUCUAAUUUCCAAUCCCAUUAAUGUCUCCCACCUCUGGAAUGAACUAAACAAAUUACCAGACUCAUCAGUUUGUCUUUAGCUGGCACUGAAGCACACUGACUAGUCGAUGUUCAGCCUUCCAGCUUCAUUCCCUGAGGAAGGGGUUCAUAAAAAUCUUUGUGCUCUGCACCAGUAGUUCCCAAACACCAGUGAAUAUCUUCAUCACGUGGUAGGUGCCAGAAAUUUCCUCAACAUUUCCUUAGAACCAUCGUCAUGUCUGAAGGACACCAGCGCCUCAAUCUCCUGACAUCAACAUUUCUGAUCUUGCUGAUGAUUCACGAAGGCCUGGGGGACUGUUUGACGCCCUGGGGACAAUUGGGUGAUUGUGUUCCCAUAAAGGACUGCCCUAUAAUGCGGAAAAUGCUCGACAUGGAUCCAUUACCUUCGAUGAACGAAAUGAUGUUUCGUCAGGCAUUCUGUGGAGUCGAUGGAUUGACCUACAAAGUCUGUUGUAUCCCUGGCCAAAAUUAUCAUCAAUCAGAGACUACCAUAAACUCAAAAACUGAAUCUCCAGGUACUCAGGUAUCUGGUGAACCUGAGGAGAGAUGUAUUUCACUAUUGGGGGAAGAAGGGAACUGCGUGAAUAUCAAAAAGUGUCCGAAAAUGUUGGAUGUCUUGAAGAAAGGGCAGUUCGCUGACAUUUCACAUUGUGGAUUUGAGGGGAUGCAUCCGAAGGUCUGUUGUGCGAUCGGGGACGCAGAGACUUCAGAUAAGAUUCACUUUCCUGAGGUUGUUCAAGUGCAUGGAAGGGGGAAGGCCAGCACUGGGAACAAUUGUCUUUCAUCUUCUGGAAGACAAGGGAAUUGUAUUAACAUAAGAAAAUGCCAGAAGAUGUUGCAGCUUCUCCGGAAAAUGCCUCGGACUGAAGAAACUCGUGAUUAUCUGCGUCGAUCACGAUGUGGAACUGAGGGGAAAGAUCCGAAAGUCUGUUGUGAGAUUGACGAUCAAGAGAUUCAGAAGAAUAUUCCCUUCCCAGAGGUGAUCGAAUCGCAUGAAAUGGGGAAAAAUGACACUGAGGGCCGUUGUCUUUCGCUUUCUGGAAGGGAAGGGAGUUGUGUGAACAUAAGAAAAUGCCAGAAGAUGGUGGAGCUGCUCCAGAAGAUGCCUCAAACAGAAGAAACUCGGGAUUAUCUGCGUCGAUCACGAUGUGGGACUGAGGGGAGAGAUCCGAAAGUCUGUUGUGAGAUCGAGGAUCAAGAGAUUCAGAAGAAUAUUCACUUCCUAGAGGUGACCGAAUCGCAGGAAAUGGGGAAAAAUGAUACUGAGGGCAGUUGUCUUUCGCUUUCUGGGAGGGAAGGGAGUUGUGUGAACAUAAGAAAAUGCCAGAAGAUGAUGGAGCUGCUCCAGAAGACGCCUCAAACAGAAGAAACUCGGGAUUAUCUGCGUCGAUCACGAUGUGGAAAUGAGGGGAAGGAUCCUAAAGUUUGUUGUGAAUUGGAAGGAAAAAAAGAAACCAAAGAAGAAGAAGAAGAAGAAGAAAAAGAAGAAGAGGUGAACAAAGAAGAUGAAGACAAGGAGGUGAAAAAAAAAGAAGAAAAGAAGCAAGAAGAACAUAAACAAUCCCCAGUAGAAGCUCCAUCACCUCCAACCCCUCCUUGUCUAACCCCUUGGGGAGGAUUGGGCCGAUGUCUCAAAAUAGACGACUGCGAGGAUCUGAAGAAGCUUUACAAACAGAAUCCCGUCUUACCAAUGCACGAAAAACUACUGGAGAUUGCUCGCUGUGGUCCUGGAGGCCUCUGGAAUCCUGACUUCAGGGUCUGCUGUGGCAUCAACCAGAACGUGGACAUCACUUCUGUCAAGUUUGAGAGCCUCGUGGAGAGUGUGAUUCAACGGAUUCCCAGCAAGAACAGAGCGAGGAGACUGCUGCCCCAUGAGUUGUGUGGACCAAUUCCCGAGGCCAAAAUAUUUGGGGGAAAUGACACGAAGAUUCACGAGUUUCCUUGGAUGGCGCUGUUGCAGUACAACGUCCGCCGGAAAGGAGUCUACUUCAAGUGCGGGGGGUCUUUGAUCAGUGACAAGUACGUGCUGACUGCUGCCCAUUGUCUGACUGCUCUGCCAGUUGGGAUAAAGCUCAUAACAGUGAGACUUGGUGAAUAUGACACUAGCACUGAUGAGGACUGUGACAGCGAGGGUCACUGCAUCCCAAAGUACCAAGAAUUUUCGGUGAAAGAGACAAAAGCUCAUGAACACUACUCCCCUGUGACAUAUCAGAACGAUGUUGGACUGGUGAAAUUGGUGACUGCGGUUGACAUACGGUCUGGCUACAUAAGACCGAUUUGUUUGCCACUGUAUCCCCAGAAUUCCUCCGCCAUUUAUCGUACUCCCAGCACUGCUGUGGUGACAGGCUGGGGGGCAACGAGGAAUGGCACCAGCAGCUCGAGGCUGAAAAAAGUUACUCUAACGAUCGUUGCCAAUGACUUGUGCCAGAAGCUUUACAGGUACAAUAAAAAUGUCGCCAUCUGGCAGGCACAGCUGUGCGCCGGGGGUGACUGGAACAAGGAUUCAUGCUCUGGUGAUAGUGGGGGACCAUUACAGGCUAUUGGAAUGUAUGGGAAAAGGCCUAGUUACGUGCAAUAUGGCGUGGUCAGUUAUGGGCAUUCAACUUGUGGAGCUGAAGGAUCGCCAGGGAUUUACACCAGGGUAUCACAUUAUGUUCAGUGGAUUCUUGAUAAUAUGGUUGGUUGACUGAUUAUUGUCAAGGAUCUGAAGGGAUUCUCAUUGAGUUCUUUGCUCUCAAAGACUGUUGAUUUAAUUCAAUUUAUUUUCCCAUGAAUAUACACUUUAAUGAGUCUUAUUGAUUGACAUUAAUACAUAAUCAAUACAUGAGGAAUGGAAAAUACGUUUACUUUGGAAUUAUUAAUUAUGUUCAAUUAAUAGUCAACUAUUUAUUAUAUUUAUAUCGUGGGUUGUUAAUCGUAAUAAAUUAAAUCCCUAAAUGGUUCAAAAGUGUCGAAUGUAGUUUUAUUACAAGAGAAAUUAAUUAUAUGAAUUAGUUCUUGUUUUUUACUCUCUCAACGGCGAGAGUAGGCAGACGUAUCACUGCCAUAUCCUCUGCCAUUCUGGUCGUAAUCCAGUGACAUUGGCGUGGGGAGGCCUGCCGAUCUGGGAAUCCUCGUUGCUGUGGGUAUGAGGAAAACACCAUCAGGGGUUCUGGGGAUGCGCAGCCCUCGAAUUGUUGAGCCUGAGACGUUUGAGUCCUCAGACUCGUUGCCAGAAGUCGGACGAUACCUGUGGUAACAGGUUAAUAACAAUAAUAAUUGAUAAUAAUGAUUGAAUGGUCCAUAAUACCCUCAGUGGAAAAUGGAAAAAAACGUACAUGUUGCGAGAAUCUGAUUGAUUAUUUCCGAAUACCAAAUUCUGCUUGGCAAAUGUCACUCGAGCAUUCCUUGAAGCUUCCUUGAAGAAGGUUUGACUUGGAGCUUUGCUCCGGGCAAUCAUGUCGGUGUAGUCCUUCUUUACAGUGUUAUACGCCUCAUUCAACUUCUCCAACUGUUUGGUCACCUGCCAGUACGCAGUCUUGAGUGCUGAGUAUUUUUUUGCCUAAUGAAUUAAAAAAACAAACAGCAAUAAUGAGUCCUGAGGCUCGAAAUGAGAUAAAUCGAAUGUCCAGAACCAAAUCAAAGAUGUCUUCCAGAGAGGUCACGUGACCAAAUUGACUUGUCUAUGUAAUUUUUUUAUUUUUAUGAAAACCAAGAUGGCACGAGGCCAUCAUAAAUUAAGGUCGAAAUUUGGGAUUUAUUGAUAUCAAAAAAUUAUUAUGUUUGUGAUUAGAACAGUGUGGUCACAUGACCCCCCUGGAAGACUCCCCUCAAGGUAAAAGAAUUGGCUACCAAGUCCUCCUCACGAUAGACUAGAAUAUUCAGUUGAUACUUCUGGAAUUUUGCUGCCAAUGCCAAUCUCUCUGCCAAGGAGACGAUAUCCUCGAACAUGGGGACGAUUACUGGUGGAAGGGGUGUUGUGAGACAAAUGGACUCGACGCCAUUUCUGUUGCAGACUGGACACUGAUCUCCAACUACAACAGGGAGAAGUGAUGCACCAAUAAUUCAGGAUCUCCCUUCAAUCGUUCAACAAAGGAUUUCAGUUGUUUUCUCACCUUUGGAGAUGCAUUUCCUGCAGAACAGAUGACCACACUGAGUCAUAGAAAAUGGAGACUUUGAUUCUGUCAGGUGAAUGAAGCAUUUGUUGCAGAGAAGCCAGUUGAGCUCCAUAUUGAACGAUAAAUAUUGAGAGAUCAGUGGGAACGAUGAAGGUCUAAAACACAACAGUUUUAAUGUGAAAUGGCCGCCGAAUUUUUCAGGUAAAACUUCUGGCAUCAUCCAGCGUUUCUCUGAUUGGUCCAAAAAUGAGUGGAUCUGAGCGAAAUAGAUGACACUCAAAAAUAUGGUAAAUCAAUUGAUGAUCCCACGAUAAUUCUACUGGGGUGGAUCAUUAAAUUAAUUCACUAAAUACUCAGAAAAAAAUUUAAUUCUUUAUUUACAAAUUACUGAGAAACAUCGAAUUAUUUAACAUGUGCGAGGAACAGCCUAGAAUCUUCUGAAUUGUUUUUUGAAUCGUUCGUAGUGAUAAUCGUCGGUUGCCUUUUCACUGCUGUCCUUUCGUUUAGCUUUAGGGUCUUCCUUCGAGUCAACUUUCUCAGCUCUUGCAGUGUCGUUCUUCGUUUUUGUAUCGUCAA